AUGGCCGCUCCAAGUAAUUCUCGAGAACGCAGCGAGCUGGUCCUGCUGUGCGUUUUCCUGGGGAUGCUGUGGGAGACUGGGACUGGGCAGAUUCGCUACACAGUGCCCGAAGAGACAGACAAAGGCUAUAUUGUAGGCAACCUCUCCAAAGACUUAGGGCUAAAGUCACAAGAGUUGGCGGAGCACGGAGUCCGCAUCAUCUCCAGAGGUAAGACCCAGCUCUUUGCUCUGAACCCAAAAAGCGGCAGCUUGACCACAGCGGACAGGAUAGACCGGGAGGAGCUCUGCGCCCAGAGUGCCCGCUGUCUUGUAAAUAUUAACAUUCUGGUUGAAGAUAGAGGGAAACUUGUUGGGAUAGAAAUAGAAAUAACUGAUAUCAAUGACAAUACUCCAAAAUUCCAGGCUGAAAAUCUGGAAGUAAGAAUGAACGAAAUCGCUGCUCCUGGAACACGUUAUUCACUCCCAGAAGCUGUUGAUCCGGACGUGGGCGUGAACUCCCUCCAGAGCUACCAGCUCAGCCCCAAUCACCACUUCUCCCUGGACGUGCAAACUGCAGACGACGGAACUAUAACCCCGGAGCUGGUGCUGGAGCGCGCUCUGGACCGCGAGCAAGAGGCUGCUCACCACCUGGUCCUCACCGCCGCUGACGGCGGCGACCCGCGUCGCUCCGGCACAGUGCGCAUCCAUGUGACAGUGCUGGAUACAAACGACAAUGCCCCGGUUUUUGCUCAACCGAUUUACCGAGUGAAAGUCCCAGAGAACGUGCCCCAGGGCACCCGGCUGCUAACUGUAAGAGCUACCGAUCCGGAUGAGGGAACCAAUGGAAAAGUGACUUAUAAAUUCCGGAAAAUUAAUGAAAAACAUUCUCCCUUAUUCCACCUUAAUGAGAAUACCGGGGAAAUAUCAACAGCAAAAAAUCUAGAUUAUGAAGAAUGUACAUUUUAUGAAAUGGAAAUACAAGCUGAAGAUGUGGGAGGACUUUUGGGGAGGACUAAAGUGCUCAUUUCUGUGGAAGAUGUAAAUGACAAUAGACCCGAAGUGAUCGUUACAUCUUUGUUUAGUCCAGUCUUGGAAAAUUCUCUUCCUGGGGCAAUAAUUGCCUUAUUGAAUGUGCAUGACCGGGACUCUGGAAAGAAUGGUCAAGUUGUCUGUCACACACCUGAUAAUUUGCCUUUUAAGUUAGAAAAGUCAAUAAAUAACUAUUAUAGAUUGGUGACAUGGGAAUAUUUGGACAGAGAAAAAGUUUCCAUGUACAAUAUCUCGGUGAUGGCCUCAGACCUAGGCGUGCCACCUCUGUCUACUGCAACUCACAUCGUCUUGCACGUGGCGGACACCAACGACAAUCCGCCAGCUUUCCCUCAGGCCUCUUACUCCGCCUAUAUUCCAGAAAACAACCCCAGAGGCGCCUCCAUCUUCUCGGUAACUGCAAAUGACCCGGAUAGCGAGGAGAACGCUCGGGUCACUUACUCGCUGAUUGAAGACACCCUCCAGGGGGCGCCACUCUCCUCCUAUCUCUCCAUCAACUCCGACACUGGCGUACUCUAUGCACUCCAAUCCUUCGAUUAUGAGCAGAUCCGAGACCUGCAGCUACAAAUAACUGCCACCGACAGCGGGGACCCGCCGCUCAGCGGCAACGUGUCGCUGAGCCUGUUCGUGCUGGACCAGAACGACAAUUCACCCAAGAUCUUGUACCCCACUUUUCCCACCGACGGCUCUACUGGUGUAGAGCUAGCUCCCCGGUCUGCAGAACCCGGCUACCUGGUGACCAAAGUGGUGGCAGUAGACGGCGACUCAGGACAGAACGCCUGGUUGUCCUACCGUCUGCUCAAGGCCAGCGAGCCAGGGCUUUUUGUGGUGGGGUUGCACACGGGCGAGGUGCGCACAGCACGGGCCCUGCAGGACAGAGACACGCUCAAGCAGAGUCUAGUGGUGGCCGUCCAGGACCACGGCCAGCCCCCUCUCUCCGCCACCGUCACACUCACAGUGGCGGUGGCCGAUAGCAUUCCCGACGUCCUAGCAGACCUGAGCACCCUCGACUCUCCCGCUAACCCACGUGACUCUGGCCUCACGACGUACCUGGUAUUGGCUGUGGCGGUGGUCUCCUGCGUCUUCCUCGCUUUUGUCAUUGUACUGCUGACACUCAGGCUGCGGCGCUGGCACAGGUCGCGUCUGUUCCAGGCUACAGGAGGGGAGUUGGCGGGCGUGCCCUCAUCUCACUUUGUGGGCAUCGAUGGGGUACAGGCUUUCCUGCAGACCUAUUCCCACGAAGUCUCCCUCACCGCAGACUCCGGGAAGAGCCACGUUAUCUUCCCUCAGCCCAAUUACGCGGACAUGCUCAUCAGCCAAGAAAGCUGUGAGAAAAAUGAUCCCUUGUUAACAUCUAUAGAUUUCCAUGAAUGUAAGGAUCAAGCCGCUUGUAUUAAGAAAGGACUGUGGGCGCCGCUGUUGGCCAAAGUGGAGCGCUUGGUGCGCGAGAUCUCCUUGCGCAGCCGCAGCACACUUUCCAGGGCAGCCCCAUCUCAGACUCGCUUACGCGAGCAUUUCACCACUUCCUCCUCUGGAAAAGACAAAUUCCCGGCCCCCGCUACUGGAACUAAAAGCCGGCUGGUGAGCAAACUGAGGGGAGCCAGAGGGAUGGGGAGCGGCGCUGGGGAGUGGGGCUGGGCUGAGAGGCGGCGAGCGCUCUUUCCCUUUCUGCUGUCAUUGUUCGGCCUGGCGCUCUCGGAGCAGAUCCACUACAGGAUUCCCGAGGAAAUGCCCAAGGGCUCGGUGGUGGGGAACCUGGCCAAGGACCUGGGGCUCGGUGUGCACGAGUUACCGACUCGAAAACUGCGGGUCAGUUCGGAGAAGCCUCACUUCACUGUGAGCGCAGAGAGUGGCGAGUUACUUGUGAGCAGCAGGGUAGACCGGGAGCAGAUAUGCGGGAAGAAGGCGGCCUGUGCUCUGGACUUUGAGGCUGUUGCUGAAAAUCCGUUAAACUUUUACCACGUGAAUGUGGAGAUCAAGGAUAUCAAUGAUCACUCGCCAGAAUUCACGCAAAAUGCCUUUGAGCUGCAAAUAAGUGAGUCUGCACAGCCAGGUACGCGAUUUAUAUUAGACGUGGCGGAAGAUGCGGAUAUUGGCUUGAACUCUCUACAGAAUUAUAAACUCUCUUCUAGCCCCAGUUUCUCCUUGAUAAAUAAGGAGAAACAAGAUGGCAGUAAAUACCCUGAAUUGGUGUUGGAGAAACCUUUGGACCGCGAGCAACACAGUUACUAUCGUUUAGUACUGACUGCCUUAGACGGUGGGGAUCCAGCCCUAAGCGGCACCACUGAGCUCCGGAUCCGGGUUACUGAUGCCAAUGAUAACCCCCCUGUAUUCAGCCAGGACGUGUAUAGGGUCAGCCUUCGGGAAAACGUGCCCCCAGGCACCCAUGUGCUUCAGGUGUCAGCCACGGACCAGGAUGAGGGCGUCAACUCAGAAAUCACUUAUUCCUUCCACAGAGCUGGCCAAGUCUUUGAUCUGAAUUCAAAUACCGGGGAAAUUGCAACUCUAAGGACACUGGAUUUCGAAGAAAUAAAAAGAUAUUCUAUAGUGGUGGAAGGGAGGGAUGGUGGAGGACUGGCUGCUCAAUGUACAGUUGAAAUUGACGUUGAAGAUGAAAAUGACAACAGCCCAGAGGUUACAGUUCGUUCUCUACUUGAUGUGAUUCUAGAAAACGCAGUGCCGGGAACACUGAUCGCUUUGAUCAAAAUACAUGACCAAGAUUCCGGGGAAAACGGGGAGGUCAGUUGUCGAUUAGAAGGUCAAGUCCCUUUUAAGAUAAUUUCUUCGUCCAAAAAUUCAUACAAGUUGGUGACAGAUGGAGCCUUGGACAGAGAGCAGACACCAGAGUACAACCUCACCAUCACAGCUACUGACAGAGGCAAGCCGCCACUCUCCUCCAGAACAGGCGUCACCCUGCACAUCGCUGACGUCAACGACAACACACCGGUUUUCCACCAGGCCUCCUACUUGGUCCACGUGGCUGAGAACAACCCGCCUGGUGCUUCUAUUGCGCAAGUCAGUGCCUCUGACCCAGACUUGGGGCCCAACGGCCUUAUAUCCUACUCCAUCUUGGCCAGCGACCUGGAACCUCAGGCGCUGUCCUCCUACGUGUCUGUGAGCGAGCAGAGUGGAGUGGUGUUCGCGCAGCGCGCCUUCGACCACGAGCAGCUGCGCGCCUUCGAACAAAUUCCCGGCCCCCGCUACUGGAACUAA